AGUAUCAUUCUGAUGUUGCCGUGGCUGCCUUCGUACUAUUUGUGUCACUACACCUACUCACCUCAUUCAAGACUCAAUCCGAAGAUGUCCUUACAAAAAUAAAGAGAAUAUCGGUGGAGAACUAUGUCACAUAUCCCAGGCUAAGCUGCUUAUGAGAGGACCGUCAGAGAACUGUGCAAGCAACCCCCAUGCCUGUAGUCCUCUUACACCCUCUGGAGGCUCACUUGCUCAACUUCCCGAUUCAACCAGAGUCCAGCCCUUAAAACAAUCUGGACUCUAUGGUUAGUUGAAAGAAGAGCUUUACAAUGGCAGUCUUGAGAAUUAAGUUCACCAAGAGCAAAAGGGACAAGCUGGCCCAGGUGCUCUGGAUCCUGAAUUGGCUUUCUGUAGUGACAGGGGUCAUUCUCUUUAGCUUGGGACUCUUCCUAAAAGUGGAGAUCAACAAGCGAUGGGAGCUGAUGGCUAAGCGCGACAUCCAUUACGUACCCAACAUGCUUAUUGCCGUGGGCCUCAUUGCCUCCGCCAUCAACUUCCUUGGAGGGAAGAUCUGCUACGACUGUGUGGACACAACCAAGUUUUUGCGCUGGAAGUUAAUCAUGCUGCCCUACAUUAUAUGCACCUUCUUCUUCACCUUCUGCGUGCUGGUGGGAGCGCUAAUGUGUUACAUCAUGCGUGGAGAGCUGGAGGAGGCUCUGAACGUGGGGUUAACCGAGGCCAUGAAAUUCUACAAGGACACGGACACACCAGGGCGUUGCUUUUUGAAGCGCACUGUGGACAUGCUGCAGAUAGAGUUCCAGUGCUGUGGCAACACCGGCUUUAGGGACUGGUUCCAUAUCCAGUGGGUCAGCAACCGUUACCUGGAUAUGUCCAGAAAAGAGGUAGUAGAUCGAUUCAGGAGCAACGUGCAAGGGAAGUACUUGUUGGAUGGAGUCCCUUUUAGCUGCUGCAACUUUGACUCCCCUCGUCCCUGCAUCCAACAGCAGAUCAGCAACAACUCUGCUCACUUUAACUACGAUUACCAAACAGAGGAGCUAAAUCUGUGGAUGAAAGGAUGUCGUGAGGCGCUACUGGAAUACUACACCCACAUCAUCCACUCCAUUGGUCUCAUAGUCCUCAUCUCAUGGCUCUUUGAGCUGUCAGUCUUGACAGGCGUUCGCUACCUUCAGACGUCCUUGGAAAACGUUUUAAGGCAAGGCGACCCCAACUCUGAGUCUGAUGGCUGGCUGCUGGAAAAUGGUUUCAUGGAAACAGCCCGCAUCAACUUUAACAUCAUCAAGAGCCUCGGCAAGAACAACCAGGUUCACACAAAUGACAACGGAGACCCCAACAUUAAUAUUCCAUCCACGUCAAAGGCCUGCUAUGGACCAGAGAAAAGUCCUGCAACCAGUUGA